ACGUGACCCGAAGUGUGACGUAGGAGGAAGGAGACGCCAUUAGAGGGAGGCGGAGAGGGAGUGCUCUUCGCCUUUCCUCGGGUGCCUGACGUGGUGGCUGGGGGGCCCUUCAUUCUCGGACUUCCCUCGGCCCUUCCAGGCUUCGCCCGGAGGCGAGAGUGGAGACGGCGCCCCGGGUUGACGGGUCGGUGCGGAGGGGCCUGCGCCGGCCGCGGCUGUGAAGGCGCUGCGGCGGCUGCGGGGAGCUCGGCGCAGCUCUAGGGCUCGGGCGGCGGGGAAACGGGAUGGCUGCGGCCGGCAGCGGAGGGGCGGCGGCGGGCAGAGCCUACUCAUUCAAGGUGGUGCUGCUGGGCGAAGGCUGCGUGGGGAAGACGUCGCUGGUGCUGCGCUACUGCGAGAACAAGUUCAACGACAAGCACAUCACCACUCUGCAGGCAUCAUUCUUGACAAAGAAGUUAAAUAUUGGUGGGAAAAGAGUAAACCUUGCUAUAUGGGAUACAGCAGGUCAAGAGAGAUUCCAUGCAUUGGGUCCAAUUUACUACAGAGAUUCAAAUGGAGCUAUUUUAGUUUAUGAUAUAACAGAUGAAGAUUCCUUUCAGAAGGUAAAAAACUGGGUCAAAGAAUUACGGAAAAUGUUGGGAAAUGAAAUCUGUUUAUGUAUAGUUGGUAAUAAAAUAGACUUGGAAAAGGAGAGACAUGUUUCCAUUCAAGAAGCAGAAUCGUAUGCAGAAUCUGUUGGAGCAAAACAUUAUCAUACUUCAGCCAAACAGAACAAAGGAAUUGAGGAACUCUUUCUUGAUCUUUGUAAAAGGAUGAUAGAAACAGCACAAGUGGAUGAGAGAGCAAAAGGCAAUGGCUCCAGUCAACCAGGAGCCACAAGGCGGGGUGUACAGAUUAUUGAUGAUGAACCUCAAGCCCAGAGCGGUGGCGGAGGGUGCUGUUCUUCUGGAUAACUGAUCACACUUAAGAGAUUAAACAAACAAACUGUGGAUCAUUGCCCUCAACAUGAAGACUGCCAUAUUCCAAGUCACAUUAUUUUACCAAUGGAAUUAUAGAAUUAACAGUAUUUUAAAUUACGUUUAUAACACUGCAGAGACCUUAAGUGCUAAACUUAGUGGAGUUUGUGACCAGAGAAUUGGCAUUUUUCUACAAAUGUUAACAAAGCAAUUACCAAUGGCCUUUUUACAUAUUUUUUUCUUUAAUAAGGAAUAAUAUGCAUGUAGAAAAGACCUACUUAAAGGCUUCAUUUAUAUUCUUUUAAAUCAAAUCUUUAUUUAAUAACUUAUAUAUGUUGUUGGAAUGGUAUACAUUUUUGCAGCCCUUUGUAUUUUGUGGUAGUUUGAAUUGUAUCACUUCUAAACAGCAAACUGUUUUUGUUUUUGUUUUUGUUUUUUUUUUAAAUUAGCAGAUACCUGAAGUACUAUUUUUGCAGGGUUUGCACAGGCCCCUUAACUGUCUACUACUUUGAUAUAAUCUAUAUACAACCUGUAUGCUGAGCUGGUAAAAUACAUUGUAAAAUUACAUAUUAAAUAUUUUAUCUGCUUUUACAAGCGCAAGGUGCAAAACUACAUACAGUAGUCUCAUUGAUGACUGUAAAGUGAAUUAACAUUUGGUGAUAAUGCCUAAGCUUUUUGACUCUGACAUAAAGAUCAUAGCUCCCCUUCACUUUUGUCUUAACUUGAAAGUGGCGUGUUUCAAUUUUCACAUAUACUUUACUUGAAUUAUUGCUGUUGUCAUAUUUUUGCCUCUGUAAGUCUUUCUGAUGAUUGAACAACAGCAUUUGCCUUUUGGUUUGUUGGGGUUUGGGGGGGCUUUUUUUGUUUGUUUUUAUUUUUGUUUGGGGGGGAUUUUUUUGGAUAAAAGAGAUGAAUUCUGCUGAUUUUGUUUUAGAGUGGUUACCUUAGAAGUAUUUGAGUGGAGCAUGCUGAAUUUCACUUCUGCAAUGGCUUUAGUUUUCUCUUAGGCUUUAUAUGAGAUGGGUUCACUGGUGUCAGAAGAGAGGAAGAGGUACCAGACAGUUGCCACUCACCAAGACUCAUUCAUACAGCAUGUUAAUGGGUAGUUCUUGCUCCUGGGGCAGCACUUUUAAAUCCUUUGUGAGCAAAUUGUAUUUGUUCAUUGCUUGCCAGAGAUGAACACAGAAAAGUUUGUUCCAUUUUAUAAGAGCUGUCCUGAGUUUCUGUGAAGGGAAACAUUUCAUGUAAUGCGGUUAUAGCAAACACUGGAAAGAUUUAUUAUAAAAUUAUAUUCUUGUAUACUUUGUAAAUUAGUCUCAUUAGGUUUUUUUUUUUUCCUAAGCAUAGGACUGAACUUAAAUUUGUUAAUUUUAAUAGAAUCAGACAGUGCUCACAGAAGGAUCACAAAUUGUGGAAAUUAACAUACAUUGUUCUUGUUCUAAUAUAUAUAUUUUUCCAUUUCUGUCAUGCUUGGAAAACUAGUAAAUGUUAUGUCUAAGAUAAAAUGGAAUGGUUCCUGGAUUUACUUCUUACAAGAAGCAGUAGUACGCAAUAAAGUCGUUGGCAUGAGCAAUUAAGAGGAUGUAAAGAGGUUAUAGUUACUAAAGAAGUACUACCAUAUUUUUAAGUUAAGAGCUUAAGGUUUCCCAAAUGGGUUUAAAGUUGAAUGGAUUGACACCUUUAUGCUAUGCUGUUAAAAUUUUAACUUAGUAUUAAGGGUUCUGUGAGCCCUCACUUUAUCUUCUUUGGUUACUCUCCUUCCCAAACUCAACAGACUGUUCUCUCUGUUGUGUGUGUUUGGGGAGGAUGGUAUGGGAAGAGUCAGAGAGAUAAGCUAACAUUUGUUUUAUUUUGUUUUGUUUUGUUUUGUUGAUUGUAUAGUCUCUCAGUUUCCUAUGAAGUUUGUGUUUAUGCAGGGCAUCAUGGGAGACCAGAGGAAUCAUGAGUAUAAAUGCAGGAAAAAUUGUUUUGCUCUUCUGGUUCUUCCACAGGUAGUUAAGAAAGCCUUGCCAUUUCUACUAUCAUACGUGCAGAUGGGAAAGAAGCUCUUGUUCAGAGUGAACUGUUUUUUAAACUAAUGAGAGAUGAAAUUGAGCUUGAUUUCAAAAAGUAAAAUCAUAAAGCCUGAUAAUUGAAGAGUUGUACUCUCAAUUUUUGACCCUAUAUUAAUGAUAUUAAGUCCAGAUAAGAACCUCUGCUCCAAAGUUGCCAGAUAAUUAUUGAUGGGGUACAACCACUCUCCAUAUAUUUUUUUCUUUUCUCUCCCUUAGUUUUUGUGUAUCAUUCUUAACCUUAAGCAUUUCAUUCUGUUUUUCACCUUGUAAUUUAAGCUAAUUCAAUAGCAACAAUAAAUAAUAGGGAAUACCUGUCCUUGCUCUAAAGUCUGAGAGUUCUUUAGGUGGGAUGAAGGAGGAAUAAAAGAGGACCAGCCAAUUGUAGUAUGUGCAUAAAGGAGCGAUAAAGAGAUGAGAAACUAAGGCUGAGGAAAUUUCUCUGAUACUUUCUUCACUUCUUUAACAUAUCUUUUGUGUUCCUGUCCUUAUGAAUUGUACUAUUAGGAAGAAGACAUGAGUUGUUGUAUUGUAUAUUAAAAGUAGUAGGUAGGUAGAACCAAUAUAUUUUUCAACUAGUAAGUGUAUACAUUUAGUAUAUAUAAUUAAAAAUUGGUAUAAGAUAGUCAUUAAAAAUACCUGAAUAUUAUGUUAAAAGUAUACAAUCGUUUCUGUAAUGAUGAUGAGUAUUCUGCAUCUCGUUUUGCUUUGUGAUUAUAGAGGAAGAUCAUUGUUUUUAAAAAUGUAUAUUGCAACAAUUUGGGGGUAAACAGCAAUCUCAAAAAAAAAGCAUCAUGUGAUUGUAUGAAAUAUGAGUGUUUGAAUUUGUUUUGUUCUGGGGAAAUCACCUGAAAACACCCUAAAGCUAUGGCUGUUAUAGCUAAAUUGAAGUCCUUUUUUUGUUUGUUUGUUUUUAAUAUUAGCUAUAUGUUAUUAAUGAUUACAUUUUAUUUGGCAUUAGAGUAAGAAAGAAGAAUGAUUUAGGUUUUCAGCAAGAAAAGAUAAAAUUUGGGAUAUAUGACAGGAAGUUAGUGAGGAGUAGACUAGAAGUCAGGUAGAUAUGAAACUCUACAACCUGACAUUUUUAUAAUUGUUUUGAAAUACAUUAUCAUUUCUAAAUAAGGCAAGUUAUGCAUUGUACCAAAUAUUUAGAACAUACACAAAAUGAAUUGGCAUACUAUUUAAUAUGAUUUGCAAUUUUCUGUAUUGUAAAUGCUACCAGGAAUCUAGAUCAUUGAUGUUAUCUCCAAAUAAUAGAAUUUACCCUUAUAAUUACCACUUAUAUUCUCUCCAGAAGUGAGAUGUUGAUCUGUGCCUUUAACUUUUGAAAUUCAUCUUUUGACCUCCGUUUGCCAUAUAGUUUUCUUCAUAGAUGCAGUCUGGCAAAGAGGGAAUACAUAUUUUGUGGCUAGUAAAGCUGUUGAGAUCUUCUAGAAAAGGGUGUAGAUCGUUGCAACCAGCAGGAGCCUUACAAUAAUGUCUAAAGUACAGGGACUAAGUAGAUCUUUAUUCUUUUCUAAAUUUCAAAAUGUAUUAGCUAGGUUUUAAUAACUAAAAGCUGGGAUUCAUUGAAUAUAUACAUUCACUUGAUUUUGUAAUAGGCGUUGAUUCCAGUAUUUUGCUGUUCUAUAAUUUUCAGUCAACAAAAACAAUAAUGUAUUUGGACCAAAAUUUAUGUUACAUAUAUGUCUGGCUUCGAUGUCUUUUCCCUUUUCAAAGAAAACAAAUCACUCAGAAUUCUGAGCAAAUUUUCCUAAGUGCAAGUAUUAUUAUAUUAAUCAUAUGUAAUGAAAAAAUGUAAAAAUACUCUUUUAAGAGUUUCCACUUUCAAGCAACAAUGCUUCUCUUCUAAACAAAUACCACUUUAAUUUGAUAGACUUUUAGCACUGCGUGUGCUCUCUGAUUUAUAUAUCAUCUCUUCUGAGAAGCUGAGCGUGCUUUUAAAUAUUAGCCUUUCUACCACAAAUUUUCAGUAGAUAAAUUAACAUGGCAAGUUGAUGUUACAUGGCACACCCAGUAAGAAUCUUAUUCUUUAAGCAUCUUGUCCUCUUCAGAGGCCUGCACGUAUUUCUAAGUGCUUUACAUUAAAGCCAAAAGAUGAGCCUGUCUAUCUUUAUUCCCAGUGUGUCAGUUCUCACCUUGAUUUUGAUACUUCCAGACAACUGUAUCAUCUCUUCAUUAUCAAAUAAGAAAAAGCUAAUACGACUUCCUUAAGUUCGAGCUUGUGUAGAGUAAUGAGAGAAAGGUGAGGGACAGCAGAGAUAAAGUACGGUAAUGUUGAAAUACAGACAACAGUGGUAUUUGCUAAACUGUAUCGUUGGUAGCAAGCUCUUUUAAGGAAACCAUCACAUGUAGUACUUCCUAGAAAUGUAAAAGCUCAUUUUUUUUUAAUUAUCUGAGAAUAUAUUCUAGGAAAAAAAGAAUAAAUAUUGUGAAAGUGCCCCUCAGGCACCCUCUCCCAAAUGGAAAACAUUGCUUUGUAGUAUAUACUCUCUUCAAUUACCUUUUUGCUGUGCAUUUAUAUACAUAUAUAUUUACCUAUAGAAAUACAUAGUUUUGUGGGUUCUAAAUUUUUAUAUAAAUUCUGUCUUACUACGCAUAUGUUUUGCAACUUGCUUUUUUCUCUCACCAACAUGUUUAGGAACUGUUAAGUCAGUAUAUGCAUACUUUCAUUUUAUUUUCUGUCACAUCUCUUUGGGAUGUUUGCCUUUCAGGAUAACUUCUGACUUUCCAUGAAACCUUCCCAAAAGGAAUCUUGUCACUUAGGUAGAUUUCACUAGACUCCUAGAAUGUAGAUGCAAGCCAGCGCUUAGACAGAAUCAGGGUCUUCCUUAAGCAUGUGAAUUGGGAUAUUAGAAAGGCAUUUGCUGGGGCACGUGGAUGGUUCCGUCGAUUAAGUGUCUGACUUUGGCGCAGGUCAUGAUCUUCACAGUUUGUGGGUUUGAGCCCCGUGUCGGACUCUGUGCUGACAGCUCAGACUCUGGAGCCUGCUUCGGAUUCUGUCUUUCUCUCUCUGCCCCUCCCCAACUCAUGCUCUGUCUCUGUGUCUCUCAAAAAUAAAUGAACAGUCGGGGGGAAAAAAGGCAUCUGCUUAUAAUUCAUUUGAAGUACAUUACUUUUGGUCUACUGUUGACAAUAUAUACAAUUCAAAAAUUUAGCAGUCUUUAUUCAGAAUAGGUUUUUAUUUGAGGGAGGGAACGAAAAAGAGGGAAGGUAUAGCCGACAGGGAAAGAGUACAGAGCAAGAUAAAACAAGUCUCUACACAACUCGGAACAGUUACAUAACAAGACUUCAUGGCACCAAAAAUUAAAACUUAUGUUUGGUCUGUCUUUAAUAAAAACAAGAACAGUGCCUUUUCAGAUUUCCCUUCCCCCAACAUCCCCCAUCCCUGUUCCUUUUUUUUUUUUUUUUAGAGUUUAUUUAUUUAUUUUGCGAGAGAGACUGUGUGCUGUUAAAGCAGAGCCCAACGCGGGGCUCCAUCUCACGAAUCUUGAGAUCAUGACCAGAACCAAAAUCAAGAGUCAAGAGCUUAACCUACUGAGUCACCGAGGCGCCCCUCCCCAUUCCUCUCAAAAGGUAACAAUUGUUAACAGUUGGUAUGUGUCUGUAUCUCUCAUAUAUGUUUUUAUUUAUAUUUGGCCUUUAUGAAUUGUCAGUUUUCUGAAAUCAACCUCUAUCAAAUUCCAACCUCAAUCCACCUGACCUAUUUACCGAGAACAAACCAGAAUCAUAUUUCUUUAAAGGACGUUAAAUCAGUGGCGACAGUUCUUGAACUAGAAGUUAACUAGAUUCUUAAUAUGUUUUAUGUUUAUCAUAAAUUAAGCUUGAAGAAUAACUAGCAUUCUGGGAAAGUCGAGUCACUGGUUUCUAUAUCUUGUGGAAAUAGGGUUGGGAAAGAGGAGUGGGGUAAUACCUGUGUAAGUCUGAGCUGGCCUUGUUCUCUUAGCAUAUUAUCUUACUUGAGCAUUACAGUUACCCCCCACAAUUACUUUCCAGGUAUUUCUGUCACUGUUAGGCUCUAGCUUAGCAUGUGAGUGCCUUGACACAAAGUUAAGUGUAUCGCCCCAGAACAACAAAUUUAUUCAUAUUUGACUUAUAAUGAAAAUAAUUCAAGGGGGAAAUUAAGCAGCAGUUUACAUGAUUUUGUUAAUUGUUUCUGGAUGGUCUUAUAAAAAAAAUUAAAACACAUUCUGCUCAUCAUGACUAUUCUAUCACUUUCACUCAUUUAUUGAGUACCUGCUCUGUUCCCAGUGCACACAGCAGAGGAACCAGCCUUCCUUUAGAGUUAGAGCUUAGAGAUGGGGAAAGAUGACUUUGCCUAUUGUCUAGGAGGUAGGUAGUUUAUCUGUAGAUAUGAGGUCAGCUGAGCACACGUGUUCACAUUCUGGGUGUGAUCAGAUAUGUACAUGUCAAACUUUUGGGGUGAGGUAAUUAGAAUGACAGUAGCUGAAGCUGAUAGUGAAUUUAAGGUAAAUCUGGACAAAAUGAUUUUGAGUCUUGCAAAUAAUACAUUUUCAAGCCAAAUUAAAAUAGAAUAACUUAUUUUCUAGCUUCAAGGGGACAAUUAAGUGAUCCUUAAGCCCAAAUUGCUUUUCCAAAUUUUGUAAUAGCAGUGAAGUAACAAAUGCUUUUUGCUUAUUUAGACGGCUGCUUUUUAUUAAAGCUAGGGAAAAAGUGAAUUUUAAAAAGGAAUUGUAUUGUUUUCUUUGCUUUUAACAGAUGAUAUCUUGUCGCCAGAUAAUAAUCCAGGACACAAUCCAUUCCUAAGUCAUAGUAGGCCAAUUUGGAGAGUGUAUCACAGUAUAAUUUGUGUCUUUCUUUCUUUCUUUCUUUCUUUCCUUCUUGCUUUCUUUUUUUUUUUUUUUUUUUUUUUGUAGGCUCUCUGUGGGGCUUGAAUUCAUAAACCCAAGAUCAAGAGUCACAUGCUCUACCAACUGAGCCAGCCACGAGCCCCUAAGUUGUGUAUUUCUUUUUUUUUUAAUGUUUAUGUAUUUAUGUAUUUAUGUAUUUAUUUGAGAGUAGGAGAAGGAGCAGAGAGAGAGGGAGAGAAAGCAUCUGAAGCAGGCUUCAUGCUGUUAGUGCAGAGCCUAAUGUGGAGCUCAAACCCACAAACCGUGAGAUCAUGACCUGAACCAAAAUCAAGAGUCUGACACUCAACAGACUGAGCCACCCAGGCACCCCAAGUUGUGUAUUUCUAAACGCACUUUUCAAAUGAGGAGUAUGGGUCCCUUUUUUCCUAUCUGAAAUUGAAGACCUAGGCCAUAAAGAUAGCUUAACAAAUACCUGGAUUUUCUGAUAAUCUUUCCAAUGCCUUUUAAGGAUAUUAAAAGUUAAAUUAUCGGUUCCCUUCUUGGCUCUUUUUGGGAGAAAAUAGAGUGAAAUCAUCAGUUUUUAAAUAACUAUUUCAUGAGUUAGCAAGAAGUAACAUACUCAUCUGUAUUAAUUCAUCUGCACUAAUUCACAAAAGAAUGAUUGUAAUGAUCUAGUGACAAUUCUUCAAAAUAUAAGUCCUGUGAAGGAAAAAUGACAUAGCAAGGACUUGAUGAUACUUUGAGGACCUUUUACUGUUUCCUGGGUGAAAAAUUAUUCAUCUUGUCUAAAAGCUAUACAAUAUAAGCUCCCCUUCACCCCCACCACCACAACGGAAUCCCCUAUUAAUAUUUUAAAGCCUGAAAAUGUUUUAGCUGAAGAAGUGGCAUGGGUGGUUCCUCCCCUUCAAAGAUUUUAAGGCCAAUAGUAGUGGCACAGGCCUGGGGAAGAAAUACUUGCUUUAUCAAGUGGAGCUACUGACGUAGUAUCUUUAAGAUGCACACAUGACUGAUUUAUCCUUGCUAUGUAGGCAACUGGUAUAGUUUGGAAAUAUUCUAACGUAAGAUUGUACGUGAAGUAAGAAGACUGAUUUUCUUGUAUAGUGUAUAGAAUUCAGUCUUCUGUCAUGCAUGUAAAUAUGUUUGGUUUGGAUCUGUUUGAUUUAAGCUCUAAUUGCUAUUCUCUCCUCCCACCUCACAUUUUACCUAAAAUAUGUAAUUUUUAAAUGAAAUCAUACAUUGCUUUAGGAAACCUGCUAUAGACAAUGUAUGAAUUUCACCAAGAAUGUUUAAGCAAAUCUGAGACUAAAAAUUUUAGGUUUUGCCUGCAAUUUCAUAUGUAAAUUCAAGAAAAAAAUUGUAGCUAAAAGGCCUACUUUGUUGCAAAAUAUAUAUGUGACACUUCAAAGGAUUUCAGUUUUGGGUUCAUUUAAAAGUAGGACCUGACAAAAGAGGUGUGAAUAAAUAAGCAGAUUCAGAAUUUAGCAGGCGCUCGGUAUUUCUGUUUUCCUAACAUUUUAUGUAGAGCAUUUUACUGAUGCUCAGAUAGAUAUAUAAAAUGUACUACUAUAAUUCAUGCCUUCAAGGAACUUAAAAUCCUAGGGGAGAAUUAUCUAAUAGAUGUGAGAGAAUUUAGAGACAUUAAAUAUGGAGGAGGUAAAAUUAGUAUCUGUAGAAGAUAGUGCAAAACUUAAGAAUCAACUGAAAGUAUCUUAAAACUAAUAAAGUCACUGGGUAUAAAAUUGGUCACAGAAAUUAAAAGUUUUCAUUUAUAUAAACAACAGCCAAUUAUAAGAUAUAAUGGAAGAAAAAGCUCUUUUUAAAGUAAGAACAAAGAAGAAAAUCCCUAGUAAUAAACAGUAUGCAAGACCACAAAAAGAAAGCUAUGUUUCUCCUGGAAAGAAAGCACAAAAACAUGGGGAGGCAUAUCAUAUUCUUGGAUAGGAAGACUUACCAACAUAUACAUGCCAGUUCUUUUUAAGUUAAUCUAUAAUGUAAUGCAAUCUCAAAAAUACCAGGAUUUUCUAAAAUUAGACAACUGAUUCCAAAGUUCCUAUGAAAAAAAGACUAGCCCGAAAAGCUCUGAGAAGCAGUGAGGACAGACAAGUCUUACAAAAUAUUAAAAAUAGAAACUCCAGUAAUUAAAAGUUUGGUACUGGCAUAUAACUAGACAGAUCAUUAGAAUCAAAUAGGUCUAAAAUAGACCCAGAUAUGGGAAGUUAGCACAAGCUAAAGAUGACAUUUCAAUUCAGUGAAGGAAAUAUGGCUUAUUCAUUAAAAGGUGUUAGGACACCUGAGUAGCUAUUUGCAGGAAAAAAUAAAAGUUGGAUUCAUACCUCAACCAAAAUAAAAUCCAGUUUUAAAUGUGAAAACUGAAAAGCUUAAAAUACUUGAAGAAAUCAUAGGAGAAUCUUAAAAGAUUUUAGUGUGGUGAAGUGUUUUCUAAAUUUGAUGUAAAAUCCAGAAGCAAUAAAAAUGGUAUGCACUACAAAUUUAUAAUAAUGUAGUGAUAUAUAUACAUAUCUCACUAUAUAAAAUAAAUUCUUCAUCACAAAAACUACCAUAAGCAAAAAGAAAUUACAUAUUUGAAAAAAUUGCAAAUCAUAUCAUGCAUAUUUUAAUAUAUAAAGAAUUCCUAAAAUUCAGUAAGAUAAAAUUCAACAGUCCAAAAGGAAAAAGAUCCAAAACUAUAAACAGAGUUUCCACAGAAAAUGAUACAAAUGACAUAGACUGAAAAUAAAAGUUCAACUUCACUGUUAAGAGAAGUACAAAAUAAAACUAUACUGUUAUACUAGUUUUUAACCUAUUUGAUCAAGGAGAUUUUUUUUUAAAUUUUAUAAAAACACUGUGCUACAUCCUAGAUAUUAUUCAUAAGAAUUGGGGAACAAGUAUUUGCGCUGGUUGAGGUGUAAAUUACAACAAGCACUAAAAAUGGUGUGCUUAUGUAUUGUAGAUUUACUCUUUCGACCACCAAUUUUAUUUCCUAGUCAGAAAGGUUGGGAAAAAAUUAAUUUCCCGGACUUUUUUUUGUGCUGCUAGUGUUCUGGAAGCUAAUUAGAUUUUCCCAAUUAUGUGUUCUCCGCAUGACUUGAAAAGAGAAAUGAGGUAGAGGCAAUCUUUUGAGGUUCUUGCAUGUUGUAAGAAUAUGGGAAAUGUUCCCAUGCAUGGGAAAUGCAGAUCAUGCAGCAGUGAUCAAAGGUCUAUUCUCCAACUUUCUGGAUUUGGAGAAGUAGUGAUGGUGGCAGGAACAACUUCUGUUCUUUUUUUUUUUUUUUUUUUUUAAUAUUUUUAACGUUUAUCCAUUUUUGACAGAGAGAGACAGAGAACAAGCAGGGGAGGAACAGAGAGGAACAUAGAAUCCGAAGCAGGCUCCAGGCUCUGAGCUGUCAGCACAGAGCCUGAUGCGGGGCUCAAACCCACAAACCGCAAAAUCAUGACCUGAGCCGAAGUCAGUUGCCUAACCGACUGAGCCACCCAGGCGCCCCUUUUUUGUUUUGUUUUAAAUGUUUAUUUAUUUUUGAGAGAGAGUGUGUGCAAGCGGGGGGAGGGGCAGAGAGAGGAGGAGACAGAGGAUCCUGAACAGGCUUUGUGUUGUCAGCACAGAGCCCAACACGCAGCUCGAACCCACAAAUCAUGAGAUCAUGACCUGAGCUGAAGUCAGACGUUUAAUCGACUGAGCUACCCAGGUGCCCCAGUGGCAGCAGCUUCUUAAAAUAACAUUUUAAUCCCUGGAUUGUGGUAUAUCUUCUUUCUCCAGUUUCCCAGGAGUGAGAACAGGUGGUGAUAGCCUCUGGCUUCCAGCAUGGCUCCACAAUGACUCCAGAGGUAGUAGCCUCCAGUGAAUCAGUUCUGUAUCACAGUGGGAUUCAUUCUGGGAGGCUCCACUUAGAUUUCUAAACCCUGAUCUUUCAGCCCUUCCAAUGACCUUUUAAGUACCAAGGUGCCUAUAUCAAGUGCCUUCAUGUUUGAAAUAUCUAGAAUGAUGGGAUGCCUGAGUGGCUCAGUCAGUUAAGCAUCCGACUUCAGUUCAGGUCAUGAUCUCACAGUUCAUGGGUUUGAGCCCCACUUCAGGCUCUGUGCUGACAGCUUGGAACCUGGACCCUGCUUUGGAUUCUAUCUCCCUCUCUCUGUCUCUCUCCCACUCACGCUCUGUCUCUGUCUCUCAAAAAUGAAUUAACGUUAAAAAAAAUUUUUUUAAUUAAAAUAUCUAGAAUGGCGUCUGUUUCCUGCACUGAAAACUGCCUGAUUGAUUUGGCAAUGGCAAUCAGAACUGAAAAUGUAUUUCCUUUUGAUCUUGCAGUUUUACUUCUAGGAAUAUAUCCUAUAGACAUGCUUGUAUGUGAAAGUAACGAGUUUGUAAGGGUUUUCAAUGCAUUGUUUGUAAACUGACAUCAGUAGGGGAAUCAUAAAAUCAAUUAUAGUGUAUGUAUAUAAUAGAAUCCUAGGUAACUAUAAAAAAGAAUGAGCUUUGUAUAUUUAAAGGAAGUAAUUAAUAAGGCACAUGAAGAAAAAAAAAAAAAAAAAGCCCAAAUGUCCAUCAACGGAUGAAUGGAUAAAGAAGAUAUAAUGUGUGGAUGGAACUGGAGGGUGGAGGGUGUUAUGCUAAGUGAAAUAAAUCAUACAGAGAAAGACAGAUACUGUAUGUUUUCACUCUUAUGUGGAUCCUGAGAAACUUAACACAAGACUAUGGGAAAGGGGAAGGGAAAAAAAAAAGUUAGAGAGGGAGGGAGACAAACCAUAAGAGACUCUUAAAAACUGAGAACAAACUGAGGGUUGAUGGGGAGUGGGAGGAAGGGGAGGGUGGGUGAUGGGCAUUGAGGAGGGCACCUGUUGGGGAGAGCACUGGGUGUUGUAUGGAAAACAAUUUGACAAUAAAUUUCAUAUUAAAAAGAAAAAGAUAUGGUAUGUAUAUACAAUGGAGUAUUACUUGGCAAUCAAAAAGAAUGUAAUCUUGUCAUUUGCAACUACAUGGAUGGAACUAGAGUAUAUUAUGCUAAGCAAAAGUAGAGAAAGACAAAUAUAUGACUUCACUCAUGGGGAAUUUAAGAUACAAAACAGAUGUAUAAGGGAAGGGAAGCAAAAAUAAUAUAAAAACAAGGAGGGGGGUGAAACAUAAGAGACUCUUAAAUACAGAGAACAAACUGAAGGUUGCUGGAGGGGUUGGGGGUGGGGAUGGGCUAAAUGGGCAAGGAGCAUUAAGGAAGACACUUGUUGGGAUGAGCACUGGGUGUUAUACAUAGGGGAUGAAUCACUGGUAUCCAUUCCUGAAAUCAUUAUUGCACUAUAUGCUAACUAACUUGGAUGUAAAUUUUAAAAUUAAUUCAUUAAAAAACAUUUUUUA